AUGGCACCAGGAAUCACAGAAACCGUCAAGGAGGCCAUCACUGGCUCACCUGCUGAGAAUGCCAAAGUCGCUGCAAUGAGCGACAACAUCAAGAACUACAUGGACUCGAACAACCGAAUCACCACCGACUACGGCGUGAAGCAGACAAACACCGACGACUCGCUCAGAGUUGCAAGUGCCGACAAGACCGGUCCUGUGCUGCUCGAAGACCACGCUGGACGCGAGAAGAUUCACCGUUUCGAUCACGAGCGUAUCCCCGAGCGUGUUGUCCAUGCCAGAGGUGCAGGUGCUUUUGGUACCUUCAAGCUGUUCGAGAGUGCCUCGGACGUUUCGUCUGCUGGUGUCUUGACCGAUACCUCGCGCACUACACCCGUCUUCAUUCGCUUCUCUACCGUUUUGGGAAGCAGCGGCAGUGCGGAUACCGUCAGAGACGUCCGUGGCUUCGCUGUCAAGUUCUACACUGAGGAAGGUAACUGGGACAUUGUUGGAAACGACAUUCCAGUGUUCUUCAUCCAGGACGCUCUCAAGUUCCCCGACGUCAUCCACUCUGGCAAACCUGAGCCUCAUUCCGCACAAACUGCUCACAACAACUUCUGGGACUUCCAAUACCUUCAUUCCGAGGCAACUCACAUGUUCAUGUGGGCAAUGUCCGAUAGAGGCAUUCCACGUUCAUACCGAAUGAUGCAAGGAUUUGGUGUAAAUACUUACAAGCUGCUGAACUCCAAGGGAGAAUCCCACCUCGUCAAGUUCCAUUUCACACCUCAUCUUGGUGUGCACAGUUUCGUGUGGGAUGAAGCCUUGAAGCUGGCGGGACAAGAUCCUGACUUCCACCGUAAGGAUCUCUGGACCGCAAUCGAGGGCGGCCAAUACCCAAAAUGGGACUUUGGUAUCCAGACCAUUCCCGAAAGCCAGGCCGACGAUUUCGAUUUCGACCCCCUCGACGCGACCAAGAUCUGGCCCGAGGAGGACUUCCCUGUGAGAUAUAUUGGCGAGCUUGAGCUCAACCGCAACCCUGAUGAGUACUUCACUCAGACUGAACAGGUCGCCUUCUGUACUGGUCACGUCGUUCCCGGUAUCGGCUUCUCCGAUGAUCCUUUGCUGCAAGGCCGCAACUUCUCCUACUCCGACACACAGCUCACACGUCUCGGCGUCAACUGGCAGGAGCUGCCUAUCAACAAGCCAAUGUGCCCCGUUAUGAACCAGAACCGAGAUGGAGCUCUUCGUCAUAGCAUCACCAAGGGAACUGUCAACUACUGGCCCAACCGCUUCGAAGCUACCAAGCCUGCCACUGCUGAGGAAGGUGGCUACGUCGAUUACCCACAGAAGGUUGCCGGAAUGAAGGCCCGUCUGCGUAGCAAGAAGUUCUCCGAGCACUACAACCAGGCUCAGUUGUUCUACAACUCCAUGUCUGAACACGAGAAGAUGCACAUCAUGAAUGCGCUCUCUUUCGAGCUCGAUCACUGCGACGACCCCAUUGUUUACAAGCGCAUGGUCGAGAGGUUGUGUGAGAUCGACCUCGAUCUUGCUCGUGGAGUCGCAGAGCAAGUUGGUGCGGACAUUCCCGAGGAAGCUCGCCGCGUCAACCUGGGAAAGCGUUCCAAGAACCUCUCUCAGGAGGACUUCCCUCCUAAGAACUUGACCAUCGCCACGAGAAUGGUUGCAAUUCUGAUCGCAGAUGGUUACGAUUCUGUUGCCUACAACGCCAUCAAGGCUGCUCUCGCUGCCCAGGGCGCUCUUCCGUUCACCAUUGCUCCUCGUCGUACUCCUAUCUAUGCUGCUGGCGAGAGCAAAGACUCUGGAAAGGGACUCGUUCCUGAUCACAACCUGGAGGGACAGCGCAGUACCAUGUAUGAUGCCAUCUUCGUCCCUGGUGGAGCCGACAGUAUCGCCACUCUUCGCAAGAACGGCCGCGCGCUGCAUUACGUGAGAGAAGCGUUCGGUCACUUGAAGAGCAUUGGCGCUACCGGUGAGGCGGUUGCAUUCGUCAAGGAUGCUUGCCAGCUCCCUGGUGUAUCGUUCUCUGAGGGCAACGAUGUCGUCGACUCUUACGGUGUCGUUACCGCUGCCCAGACUGAGGUCGGCAGCUUCAAAGAGGCCGUGACCCUUGUCAAGGGUGCAAAGGACUUCGCAACAGCCUUCUCGUACGCCAUCUCUCAGCACAAAAACUACCAGCGCGAGCUUGAUGGCUUGGCAAACAUGGUGGCCUACUAA